AUGCCUAAAUGUUUAAUUAACUCUGUUCGAGAUUACAAGUUUGGAAACUAUCAUGGCAGUUUUGUCUACGACCCAUUUGUAAUGACAACCCGUUCUGGAUUAUCUAUUAACACUAUACCAAGAGGUGCAGCUUAUACUGGAAUCCCGACUGGACAAGAGUUAAAUGAGUUAGAGAGUCUGGAAGAGCGGGAGAAAUACUGCAAAAAUACAAUUCAAAGAUGUCCCCACUGUGAUAGAGAAUUUUUCUUGUAUUCGGCUCUCCAGUCUCACAUUAGACGACACGGAAAACAAGAGAACAAAUGUGAUCAAUGCGGCAAGAUCUUUUCUCGCACGUGGCUUUUAAAAGGUCAUCUUAGAACACAUACGGGUGAACGCCCCUUUAAUUGCCCGGAUGAGGAAUGUGAUAAAGCGUUCGCUGAUAAAUCCAACCUACGUUCACAUAUGUUAAUCCACUCUUCCAAAAACAAAACACACGUUUGUACACGAUGUGGUCGAGGUUUCGCUCAGAAACGUUAUCUACAUAAACAUAUGCUGGAAGUAUGUAGAGUAGUACUCGCGUAG